UGUGUGUGUGACGUGUGUGUGUGUGUAUGUGUGUGUGAGUUUCUUCAUUUCUUCUUUUCUUCCUGCAAACAAACAAACAAACAAACAACCAAACCGUGUUUCACACCGGAUUUAUCCUCCAAACAGCUCGAGUCGUCCCGCUGCUGGUUCCUAGAGCCGGGGAGGAGAGGAGUCGAGGAGAGGAAACAACAAACAGAGAGAGAGAAGAAGGAGAAGAGAAGAAGAGAAGAGGAAGGUGGAGGAGGAAGAGGGCGGUGUGACGUCACUAAGCAUGGAGGUUCCUGGUAUGCAGAGUACUCAGAUCGAUCCGGAGGAGUUGUUCACGAAACUGGACAGAAUUGGAAAAGGAUCUUUUGGAGAGGUGUUUAAAGGAAUCGAUAACAGAACUCAGAGCGUCGUCGCCAUCAAGACGAUCGACCUGGAGGAGGCCGAGGACGAGAUAGAAGACAUCCAGCAGGAGAUCACCGUCCUCAGCCAGUGUGACAGCCCCUACAUCACCAAGUACUACGGCUCAUACCUCAAGGGCAGUAAACUAUGGAUCAUCAUGGAGUAUCUGGGUGGAGGUUCAGCGCUCGACUUGCUGCGGGCGGGGCCCUUCGACGAGGCUCAGAUCGCCACCAUGCUGAAGGAGAUCCUGAAGGGACUCGACUACCUUCACUCUGAGAAGAAGAUCCACAGAGACAUCAAAGCUGCCAACGUGCUGCUGUCGGAGCACGGCCAGGUGAAGCUGGCUGACUUCGGGGUGGCGGGCCAGCUGACCGACACCCAGAUAAAGCGGGAGACGUUCGUGGGGACGCCGUUCUGGAUGGCGCCCGAGGUCAUCCAGCAGUCGGCCUACGACUCAAAGGCUGAUAUCUGGUCUCUGGGCAUCACGGCCAUCGAGCUGGCUAAAGGAGAGCCUCCUAACUCCGACAUGCACCCCAUGAGAGUCCUGUUCCACAUCCCCAAGUCUCCCCCCCCCUCGCUGAGCGGGGACUUCUCCAAGAGCUUCAAGGAGUUCACCGAGUCCUGCCUGAACAAGGACCCCGGCUUCCGGCCGACAGCCAAAGAACUCCUCAAACACAAGUUCAUCGUCAAACACUGUAAGAAGACGUCGUACCUCAGCGAGCUGAUCGACCGCUACCGCCGCUGGAAGGAGGAGGGCCACAGCGGCAGCUCCUCCGACGACUCCGACGGCGAGUCCAGUAACAAGGAGAACAGCGAGUCCCCAGAGUGGUCCUUCACCACCGUCCGCAAGAAGAAGACGGAGGGCAGGAAGGUCCUCAACGGAACGGGUCAGGAUCAGCUGAGUAAAUCUGCCAGUCUGACUACAGUCAUCUCUCCGGUCUUCACUGAGCUGAAGCAGCAGCACAAGGAGCAUUCUGAGCAGCGAUUGGCCAUCGAGGAGCUGGAACGCAACAUCCGAUUGGCUGAAGACGUGUGUCCCGGCAUCACAGACCGGAUGGUCACUCACAUCAUUGCCAGGUACCAGAAAUUCACGACCAACUGAAGGACUCGCGAUAAAAGGAAGUAGGUUUUGUGAAGAGAGACUGUGUCUCCGUACGGUGACGCUGCUGGAGGAUUUGGAAACUGAGGAGAUUUGCUGUGCGAUGUCUCCUCGCUGUACACACACACACAUCACAAACACACACCAAACACACUCACACACAUGCACACACACACUACUAAUGUAAUAUAUACACUAUAUAUUAUAAAUAUAUAAAUAUAUACUCACUGCUGCAGGUUGAAGCCCUUUUUUCUUCCCAAGGUUGAUUCGAGUGAUUCUUUUUUUAAUCAACUGGUCUGAAGUUUUGAAAAAACUAACUGGACAUGAACAUGCUCAAACUUAACUCCCUCCCUAAGUUUUUCUUAAAAAUUGCCAUCAUGUGCCUUAAUUAUUUAUGUUAUUAGUCAUUUUCUAAAAGUAAACGUCCCUUUUUUUAAAAACGGAGACGUUUGUUGUUGAAACCGCACACAGGAAAGUAGAUGGAAAUGGGUUCUUGUCCAUCAGCAGUGGUAUGUUUCGUGUCAUGACUUUUCUUGACUUUGUAGAUGUCUAUAUGUUUGUUGAGUAGCACUUGAGACAGAUUAUAUGCCAAUAUUACUUUUUUGUUGUUGUUGUUGUCUUCAGUAAUGCUUUAAAUUACAGUUCCCUGUUUCUUGAACUCAGUUGAGGUCAGGUUUAACUUUCAAAGUCAGUUUUCAGAUUUAGAUUUGGUCAUUUUAUCUCUUAUGGAGAUUAAAGAUGCUGUUAUGUAUCUAAUCCUCCACUGGAACAAUUUCCACACUUGCAGACAGAUUCAUAUUCCAAUUAUUUUGACCAUCCAAGGUGAAAAACUAACCCUAAAAUUCAAGUUUUACUCAGUGAAAACCACAUUACAAAACAAAUCAAUUCAAGUAACCCAGAUCUGUUUUUGACUAAAAAUAUAACUAGCUAAAUUAAACUAUUUAAAUAUGUAAAAAAACCUUUUUAAGUUUAUUCACUAUAAGAACAACAACUUUAAGAAUUCAGACCCAUGUCUGACUCACUUUUGGGACCUACCAGACUUGAGCUAGCUCGUAGCUUGCUAACAAGUAAGCUAGCAGGCUAACUGUUGUUCUGGUUGUUCCCAAAUGUAACUAACUUAAAUAUUAUAUUUGAUUAUGUCUACAAAACUUAAGUUAAUUAUCUAUAAAACAUCUAUUUCAGACCCAUUUUUCUAUCUUUGGGGACUUCCUGCCUCUAGUUAGCUAGUUGCUUGUUAACAAGUAAGCUAGCUAGCUAACUUUUGAGGAGCAGUUUCCAAAGUUACUCACUAAAUUUGACUAUUUAAAAUCUUAAAAUCCUCAUUCUUCCUACUUAAACUAGGCCUACUCCAGCCUGACUAGGCAGCCAGUAGCUUGCUAACAUGUAAGCUAGCUAGCUGUUAAAGUUACUGUUAUCCAGCUAGCUUGAUUUAAAUAUUUAAAUUUGUGUAAAACCUGAAGUUUAUUUAACUGUAAACAAACAAUUUUAGCCUCUAAACCUAUUUUUGACUCAUUUUUGGGAGACUCUAGUCUAGCUUAGCAACUAGUAGCUUGCUUACAAAUAUGCUAGCUAGCAAACUGUUGUAGUUCCUCAACUUUGUUAAUCUAUUUUUAGUUAAUAAAAGUUACAACCUAAAUGUUAAACAUGGCUGCCAUUUGAGAAAGAU